AUGGUAGCCAGCUUCGAAAGACAUUUAAAAAAGAAAAACUAUGGUUUAAGUAUCAUGAAAGAUCUACAGUUUGAACAGACUCGAAAAGCUUUGGUUUCAAAACAAAAGGAUUUAAAACGACAGGGAAAAGGAAAUAAACCGAAUGCUUCAUCUGCUCUCAGCGAAGACGACACAGCUGUUUUGUAUGAAAAAGACUUGCUGGGCACAUCCAGUCCCGAUGCUUUACUGAACACUCUUUGGUUCAACAAUACAAUACACUUUGGAUUACGUGGCUGUAAAGAGCAUCGCGAUAUGACUUGGGGCGACGUGAAAUUACAUAAAACGGUCUCUGGCGAGGAAUAUUUGAAAUACAACGAAAGGCAAACGAAAACACGCUCGGGGGAAAACACCAGAGAUGUGCGAAAAGUAACUCCAAAAAUGUUUUCCGUACCAGGAAAUAAAAGAGAUCCUAUUGCUGCGUACAAACUUUUUGCGGAAAAACAUCCGGCAGAAAUCAACAGCGACGAUAGCCCAUUUUAUCUUGCUGUAAACAAUUUAAAGAAACCUGAAUCCGUUUCAUGUAAAGCUUGGUUCAAAAAAGCCCCCGCCGGGGUUAAUAAACUAAAUUCGAUAAUGAAGAACAUGGCUGCGAAAGCUGGACUUACUACCAAAUUUACCAACCACAGCGGAAGGAAAACAAUGAUUCAGGCCUUG